CGGCUACCCGGUAUACCAGGGUUUUUGAAGGGGUUCUUCUUCCCAUUCGUCUCAUCUCCCUUCCUAUCUUCUUCUCCGUACGAAGACCAUAGUCUCUCACAACCACCAUUGACAAAAAGGUCGGCGAGACUAAAACCCCAAAUAUGGGUUCUCUGGAUAACGUGGCAGACAAAGCAAUGGACAGAGAAAAACAAGCUGCAGAAGAACAGGACGAGCCCAUUCUGAAAGAACAGAACCAGAGGUUUUGCAUGUUCCCCAUUAGGUACAAGCAACUCUGGGAGAUGUACAAGAAGGCUGUGGCUAGCUUUUGGACUGCUGAGGAGGUUGAUCUCUCCCAGGACAUGCGGGAUUGGGAAACAUUGUCUGGUUCGGAGAAGCACUUUAUCAGUCAUGUGCUAGCCUUUUUUGCUGCUUCUGAUGGUAUUGUGUUGGAGAACUUGGGUGCAAGAUUCCUUAAUGAUGUUCAAGUUCCAGAGGCUAGAGCAUUCUAUGGAUUUCAGAUUGCAAUGGAGAACAUCCAUUCUGAAAUGUACAGUUUGCUUCUGGAGACGUACAUCAAGGACCCAAGUGAAAAGCAUAGAUUGUUUAAUGCAAUAGAAAACAUUCCUUGUGUGGCCAGGAAGGCUAACUGGGCGUUGGAUUGGAUCAACAGCAGUUCCAAUUCAUUUGCAGAGAGACUACUUGCUUUUGCUUGUGUUGAAGGAAUCUUCUUCUCUGGGAGCUUUUGUUCCAUUUUCUGGCUUAAAAAGAGGGGCCUGAUGCCAGGUUUGGCAUUCUCAAAUGAACUGAUAUCCAGAGAUGAGGGUCUGCACUGUGACUUUGCUUGCCUUUUGUAUAGUUUGUUACAGAAGCAACUUCAUUGGCAAAAGGUUCAUCUCAUCAUUGAUGCUGCUGUUGAAAUUGAGAUAGAGUUUGUAUGUGAUGCCCUCCCUUGUGCAUUGAUUGGCAUGAACUCUGAGCUGAUGAGUCAGUACAUCAAGUUUGUUGCUGACCGGCUUUUGGUUGCUCUAGGUUACGAGAAGAAGUACAAAGUGGAAAAUCCUUUUGACUGGAUGGAAUUUAUAUCUUUGCAAGGGAAAACAAACUUCUUUGAGAAAAGAGUAGGGGAGUACCAGAAGGCAUCUGUCAUGUCAGGUCUUCAAGAUGCCGGGAAGAACUUCGUCUUUAACACGGAUGUGGAGUUCUAAUCUAAACAAAAUCACAGUUUUAUCUCAAAGUGCGAUGACAGCAGAAUCUGCAAGCGUAUAGCUCCCAGUUUAUGGUUACAGCUUCUAUCUAUACCCUAAUUAUAUUUGCACUCUUUUCCAAACUGGCAACUUGAUGUUAGGCCAUCUGUUAGUUCGUCCUUGCAUUAAUCUUUGCAGUCCUCUCAUGCCCUUAAGUCGCCACUCCUCCACCAUGAUUGUGUGUAAUGUGCAUGAUAAUGCUAAUUAUUUGCACUAAGCGGCUGAGGUUUUGACCUUUGAGAAUCUGUGGUUAUUAGGAAUUGGAUGAAGAAACAUAUAUAUUAGUUAUUUGUCCAGGUGUCGGUCUCUCUGCUUUCCCUAUUGGUUUCUACAUGAAUGGCUAAGUUGAUGUAGAUUCAUAGAAGCAAGGAAACCCAAGACUUAGCCAACCUCAUUUUCCUUGCCAUUUGCUUCUGGCCAAUGAGAGAGUGGACUUUUUUUUGUUCUGUUAGGUAGGGAAUUGAAAGCCUUUUCCCAAGUUGUAUUAGAAGUCAAGUUGGCCAAACUCCAAGGGGAGAAUGUAGCUUUCAUUAUCUGGAUAGGCUAAUGUAAUGAUUUACACUUCAUCUAUUGUUAAUCAUUAAACUAGAGGUGGGGUUUUGGGUUUGGUAGUGUCAACAAAUCACAUGACAUGAUGAAAUUAACUAAUCUUCUAUUAGUCUAUGCUGGUUUAAUUAAU